ACAGCUACAAAUUUUGCAGGUAGCAGUUCGUCAUCAUUUAUAAAUCAUCUAGAAUGUGAGGCUUGUGAAGCUGCUGUCGAGGCUUUCAGAUAUAUUUACUCCAAAAACGCCACUCGAGAUUUGGUUAUCAAUGUAGCAUCUUACGUCUGUGAGCAUUUUGUUAAGGUUGAAUCACUGGUGUGCCGGGGGCUUGCCGCUCAGUACCGGGCGUUUUUGUUUCUGUACACAAUUAAUGAGUCCAAGCAAACUUCUGUUCAGGAGGAACUGUUAUAUAUUCUACAACAGUUGCUGUUUAAUCCUCCCGUCUUUUGUGGUGUGUUGGUGCGUAAUUGCGGUGAACGUUACAAUCCUUACGGUGACUGGAAUAUUACUCUUCCCAAAGUACCUGAAAAUCGAACGUUCCCUUUCUAUCCAGUGUCAAAACCAAAGCCUCUCAGAGUCCUUCAACUGACUGAUAUUCAUAUCGAUACCAAAUAUGAGACUGGCUCAGUGGCGAAUUGUAAACUCUAUAUCUGCUGCCAGCCAGAUUCUGUGCCAAAGAAUGCCAGUGCUAAAGUGGCAGCUGGUUAUUGGGGGACACAAGCUCCGUGUGAUAUGCCUUUGCGCACUAUUGAAAAGAUGCUGCAACAUAUCAGUGGGACCGAAAGGUUAGAUUAUAUGCUUAUUUCGGGAGACUAUGUCGCGCAUUCCGACUGGGAAUAUACAAAGGAAGAACAUUUAAGCAUUAUUCGUAAUUUUGAGAAAAUGCUUGAUUUGUACUUUCCGGAUACCCCGAAAUACUGGACUCUUGGCAAUCAUGAUUCGGUUCCCUUGAACAGUUUUGCUCCACAUUAUGUGCCUGAUAAAUAUCAACCAAAGUGGAUGUACAAGCAGUUAUGGGAUAUGCAGCAUCGGUGGAUAAAUGAUAGUCAAAAAGCUGUUGUUGAAUACCGUGGCUCAUUCAGAACCCAAAUUUUGGAUGGUUUGCGGCUGAUAUCGCUGAAUACUGGUUAUUGUGAAACAACUAAUUUCUGGAUAUAUGUCAACGAAAGUGAUCCAGAUGGUACGAUGACCUGGUUAGUGAAUGAACUUGCGUCUGCAGAGGCCGCUGGACAAUACGUGCACAUCUUGGCUCAUAUACCGCCCGGUAAUGAGGAAUGUCUAGAAGGUUGGGCAAAGAAUUACUAUAGGGUGGUUAACAGGUUUUCAAGAACUAUUGUGGGACAGUUUUUUGGCCACAUUCAUGUCGACAGUUUUUCAAUGUUUUACAAGGACAUGGAUGAUGACGGGUCUGAACCUACCAACUUUCUCUUUACUUCUCCAAGUGUCACUACUUAUUCCGGAAUGAACCCCGCGUACAGAAUUUAUGAAUUUGAAGCUGGAAAUCGAUAUGAUAUUCUUGAUUACUAUACGUAUUUCUUGAACUUGUCACGUGCUGAUGGCGAAAAAGAAAUCAAUUGGGAGUUCCUGUAUGGUGCAAAGGAAUCAUAUAAUCUUCCAGAAAUAACGGCGAAAGCAAUGAAUGAACUGGUUGAUAGAAUCACUGUGGAUAAAAGCACAUUUUCAAAAUUUGUAAGGAACAGUGUUCGGCGAGACGAUUAUAAAUGCGAUAGUAAAUGCCGUUACAAAACUAUCUGUACUCUGAAAAAAGCACACCACAACACAGAAUUAUGUUCACAUGUUGCCGGAUACGAUCAGUUCGCCAGAAUCAAAACAUUGUUUAGCCGGAAAAAAUUGUUAGAAACUGAGCAGUAUUUCCGCACAACAUCUGAUGCUUAUCAGAUGCUAUCGGAAAUGUCGCAAAAAUUUUCAAGGGAUGCAAAAUCUGCGCUCAAGAAAAAGUUCCUAAAUUUAAUAACUUGA